AUGUGGGGCUCUGAUAUUGAAGAUCAAAUACUGAAAUUCUUUCAGCUACACUACAGUAAAAUGAAGAAAGUCAGAAUUAUUAAAAUCUAUUUUUAUCUUCCUAAUGUGGAUGAAACUAUUUUAUGCUGUGAUGGUGCCUCAAGGGGAAAUCCAGGGCAGGCUGGAUAUGGUUUUAUUGUUAGAUUCCACACAGGUGAAUUUGUGUAUGCUGAGUCAGGUGGAUUGGGGAUUCUCUCAAAUUAUAUAGUUGAGUUUAUUGCAAGCAUUAGUGCUUUGGAAUGGGCUCUGAAUAAUCACAAAUUCAAGGUAAUUUUGCAGACAGAUUCUAAAGCUUGUGUUGUUGCUUUGAAGAACAAUAAGAUACCUUUGUUUCUGGUAGCUAGAUGGCAGAGAGUAGUUUCUGGGCUACAAUCUAUUAUCUACAGACAUGUAUAUAGAGAGGUGAAUUUUUCUGUAGAUCACUUUGCUAAGAAGGGAGUUUAUCUACCUAAGGGCCAAAUUCAGACAUACAAUGUUAGACCUACUUCUCUUACUCAUAUGGAAUUCCCUGACCAACCUUAUUGUAGGUUUGAAUAA